GCAAAGGGUGUCGGGAGAAGCUUCCCACAAACCUUCUUCCCUGGCCUCUGGAGGGACCACCGUUGCCGCGGCUUCGGCUUCCACGAUCAGCGUUCGGGCUAAACGACCGCGGCGGCCGCCAGUGCUGCUUCCCUUGUGUCUGGCCCUGUCCGUAUUCGUUCCCAGGCGGCCGCCCAAGUUCCAGCAGCGGCCGCGGCCGACAUGUUGUGAGGCAGCGGCGUGGGUGUCUGAAGGAUGGUUUGGCUGAGGCGGCGGCAACGGCUGCUGGCGGCUGCGGCGGCGGCAGCUGGGGCUCCGGCUCUGUAGAGCCAAGCCCACUGGGUGUCCGCCCAGUAUACCUCAGCGAGGCCAGUGUCCCUGAACCUUGCCGCUGCUCCGGCACCUUUGGGGACCGGUUGGGCGACAGCGCCCGCCCCUCUGAGGAGACACGAAGGUGUUCCCUGGUGUUCAAAUUUCCUGACCACCUUUCUUUUCCUGCCCGCCCUGGGGCAGAAUUCUCAGCCCCGCGACUUUCCUCCGAACCUCGCCCUAAAUCUGACUGACACACGCUGUGUUCCCUGCCCUCUGGUGCCAACCCUCGCCCCCCCUUCAUUUUCUGCCCCCUCUUCUCGUAGAGCCCCCGGGAUCACUCUCCGAGGGCGGCCUUUUGAAAAAUCUUUGUGGAGUAGUGGACCAGAACUGGGGAGUUCUUAAAAGUCGGGGCGAGAGACAUAGGAAGAUACGAUGGCUUCCUCAUCUGGCAACGAUGAUGAUCUCACUAUACCCAGAGCUGCUAUCAAUAAGAUGAUCAAAGAGACUCUCCCCAAUGUCCGGGUGGCCAACGAUGCCCGGGAGCUGGUGGUGAACUGCUGUACUGAAUUCAUUCACCUUAUAUCUUCUGAAGCCAAUGAGAUUUGCAACAAAUCUGAAAAGAAGACCAUCUCGCCAGAGCAUGUCAUACAAGCACUAGAAAGUUUGGGCUUUGGUUCUUAUAUCAGUGAAGUAAAAGAAGUCUUACAAGAAUGCAAGACAGUAGCAUUAAAAAGAAGAAAGGCCAAUUCUCGUUUGGAAAACCUUGGCAUUCCUGAAGAAGAGUUACUGAGACAGCAACAGGAAUUAUUUGCAAAAGCUAGACAGCAGCAAGCAGAAUUGGCCCAGCAGGAAUGGCUUCAAAUGCAGCAAGCCGCCCAACAAGCGCAGCUUGCAGCGGCUUCAGCCAGUGCAUCUAACCAGGCAGGAUCUUCUCAGGAUGAAGAUGAUGAUGAUAUCUGAAAUUCACCAGCCGAGGUUCUAUUUCCUCUAUAAAUGUUUAUCCCUGCACAAGAAAACAGUGAAAGAAAUGCUUAUCAGUAAUUUUGUAUGCAUCUUGGUGGACUUGCCAUUGGUAUUCUAGGAAUGUUUGCUGUUAAGUUACAUCUAUUGUGCGCUAUUCAUGUAAAAACCAUCUCUUUGAACUAUUGAAAAUUUAAGGUUCAGUAUAAUGUCAAUUUUGAAUUUUUAAUGGUGUUUAUGAGAUUUUAGAUAGCGGUGAGUCCUUUAUUUGAUCAAUAAACAGUGUUACAGAAAACU